AUGACGGGAGCAGAGGCUACAGGGUCAGGUAGCCUUGUUCUGGGUCAUUGUGUGAUAGUUGGAAAGGACUGUUGUGUAUUGUAUGAUUCUAGAGCGACACACUCCUUUGUGUCAGAUAAAUGCGUGAAAAGGUUGGGUCUGUCAAUGUGUGAGCUACAGUGUGAACUUGUGGUAUCUACUCCGGCGUCGGGUUUGGUCAGGACAUCGUCCUUAUGCGCUAAGUUUCUGGUGGAGGUAGAGGGGCGCAAGUAUAAAGUGAAUCUGAUCUGCCUACCUCUACAAGAGUUUGAGGUGAUCCUAGGAUGGGAUUGGCUCUCUGCCAAUCACAUCCUUAUAUACUGCCGAGAGAAGAAGUUGUUAUUUCCCAGCUCAGAGGAACCUAAGUUGUUAUCAUCUCACGGGGUUAUGAAGGAGCUACAUGACAGUGCUCAGUGUUUCAUGAUCUUCACACAUCUAGAGGUGGAGGGAGAGGAGAUGAAGUCCGUCAUACCAAUAGUGCAAGAAUUUGAAGACGUGUUCCCAGAUGAAGUAGCAAGGUUGCCUCCCAGUAGGGAAGUGGAGUUCUCGAUUGAUUUGGUGCCUGGGAUCGGGCCAGUGUCGAUGGUUCCAUACCGUAUGGCUCUAGCAGAGUUGGUGGAACUUAAGAAGUAG